CCAACUUAAUGAGAAUGAUUUUUUCCUCGUGUUUAUGACGAAUGCACAAAGUGAAAUACUUAAAAAAUAUGGAAACGACGUUAUUUGUGUUGAUGGCACUCAUGGGCUAAACAACUACAAUUUUCAAUUGUAUACUCUAUUAGUCCUGGAUGAGUGCCGAGAAGGGUUCCCCUGUUCCUUCAUGUUUACAAAUAGAGGGGAUGAAAAUGUUCUAACAAUUUUUUUUGAACAGAUAAAAAAACAUGUUGGCAACAUCACACCGAAAGCUUUUAUGUCCGAUAUGGAAGAAGGGUUUUUUUCUGCAUGGCAUAAAACAAUGGGUCCCCCAAGUAUGCGUCUUUUCUGCACCUGGCAUGUCCAGAAAGCUUGGCGGACAAACUUAAAUGGAAAAGUAACCAAUAAAGAAAAAAGAGAAGAAGUAAAAAAAAUGUUAUUUACAUUGCUGUAUGAGCUGGACGAAGAUACGUUUAACGUACUGUUGCCUAAAGUUAUCAAAAGGUUGGCUGAUGAUGAGGAAACCAAACCAUUUGGAGAAUAUUUCUCUAAGCAGUAUGUAGGCCAAGAGAAAAGUCAAGUGAAAUGUUGGGCAUACUGCCAUAGAAUCAACUCAGGUAUAAACACGAAUAUGUCAAUUGAAAAUUUUAAUAAGGUCUUAAAAUAUUGUUAUCUGAAAGGCAAAAAAGUCAAACGUCUUGACAAGACCCUUUUUGCUAUCCUCAAUCUGAUCAAAGACAAGCUAUUUGAUUUAAUUAUCAAGAUUGAAAAAGGAAAGCUUGUUCGGAAACUGCAAUGCCUAAGGAACCGGCACAAGUCAAGUCUAAGCCUCGACAGUGAAAUGAUUACAAAAUUAUCAGAUGGCAUUUGGCAAGUUUUGUCAUCAAAAAAUGAAGAAUUUUACACGAUAAAAAAAAUACAAAAUUGUACAAACUGUCAGUUGGUAUGUACACACUGCAAGUCGUGUUUUCAUCAGUACAACUGUUCCUGUAUUGACAAUAGCAUAAGGAACAAUAUGUGCAAACACAUCCAUUUAUUAUGCAGAUCCAUGUGUGGCGUUGAAGAUGAAGUAAGUGUAGGCCUAACAGAAAAUCAGGAAGAUUUAAUCAUUGAUGUGGAUUGUGAAAGUGCUAACAAAAUGGAAUUUACAUUACUGGAUGAACUCAGUGAAAAUAUGCCUGUUGCAUGUUCUAGUUCAUCAUUGGAUGAAAAAAAGAAGGCUCUAUUAGAAGAAUUAAAGGCUAUGGUAGAAGAGUCUAUUGAAACAGAAGAAGAGUUGAAUUUAGUGAAAAGUCAUUUUAAAAAACUAAUGCCUACACUGAAAGCAGCGAAGUUGGCUUCUGCAAGACCAUUGCAGAAAAGUGACAACCCUGGUUUUCCUGCAAACUCCAAAAUCGAAAAACAGAGGAGGUUUUUAAGUACAAGGAAGAAGAGGGGACUCAAUGUAAAAGGCCCAAGUAAAUUAACCAAUGAGGAGCGACAGAAGAUCGCUUUGGACUUGCUUAAAGAUGAUCAAGUUUAGUAGUGUUUUAUAAUAGGCUAGUAAGACUAUGUACAUAUAAAUGUUUAUAUUUUUAUUUACAAGUUUUACAUAUUAUACAGCUCCAUCCCUUUUUACUUCUUAGUUUUUUAACAAAAGACUUCUUUUAAUCUUUUAUAGAUGCAAAUGUGUGACUAGAUUACUUAUUGACAAAGCGUCAAAGACCGAUUCACAAGUGUUCAAAUUUCAUAUAGGCAAUGCUCAGUAGAUACUCAUUCUUUCACAUCAUCGAGAGUAUGUAAAUAAUAAAACUAAAUUAACUCGCUUUUUUAUUUAUUUACUUAUUAAGUGCAAACUUAUUAUCCAUUUAACUGCUUGACUUAAAAACUUGUUAUCCAUAUUGUCGAUGUUGAUGGCAAUAAAUGGAUUUGAUUUGUUUGAAAAGAAGAUUGCUUUGGACUUGCUUAAAGAUGAUUAAGUUUAGUUGUGUAUUAUAAUAGGCUAGUAAGACUAUGUACAUA